AUGGCAACUCCCGAACUACCUACUUUUAAUAUUAGCCCGUCCACACUGUUGGAUAUUGCGACGGACUUAGUCAACCAAGUCCAACAAGCCACGAAUGACCUAGUCAACCGUGUUUCGCCGCAAAACGCGACAUUUGAGAAUGCGCUUCGCCCAUUGGCAGAUAUCGACAAUGAGGUCAAAGGAAAGGUUCAAUACUUAGCCCUUUUUCAGGCAGUCUCGCAUUUGCCAGAACUGCGUAAGGCAUCCUCAACGGCUGUGAAUAUGGUAGACAAAGCGUACCUGGGUGUUUUCCAAAUACGGUCUAUUUUUGCCUUGGUCAACGCUGUCUACAAAAGACACGCCGAGGGGAAUGACCACGCCGAGGAAAGUUCAAAGAGUGAAGAUCAAAAGCUUCUCGAGAGGUUUCACUCAAUGUUUAUGGAAAAUGGGCUUGAACUAGAAGGGGAUAAACGGGACAGAUUCCUUUGGAUUUCAAAUCGUCUAAUUGAGCUACGAGUUGCGUUCAUGGAGAAUCUCAGCUCUGACCCUGGAUAUGUGUGGAAAGACCACCAUGAGUUAGAGGGGAUGGCCAUAGAAAGUCUACCUUCUUCAGCUAGCCAAAGGGGUAUCAAGCUUAAGAAGCCGGAUAUAUCUAUGGUACUGAAUCGGUGUCACAACGCUGAGACGAGAAAAGAGGUAUUUCUCCGGAGUCAAAAUAUCUUCCCAGAUAAUCUUGAAAUAUUUAACGAGGCUGUUAUCCUUCGGGAUGAAUCGUCCCGUUUGCUUGGGUUUUCGUCUUUUGCGGCCCAGAAAUCGAGACACAAGAUGAUCAAAUCCCCCCACGAUGUUGACCAGUUACUGGAUGGACUCUACAAUCACUUGCAGCCCCUUGCCCAGAAGGAGUUGGAAAGGCUACAGCACCUUAAAAUGGGGGAUAGAGAAAUUGGAGAGUACUCUUCUCUUUAUCUGUGGGACUUUGACUACUACCAUGACCGUUUACUACGAGAAAAGUACAAUACCAAUCAUGACCUGAUUGCUGAGUACUUUCCCACAGAGAUUACAAUUCAACGGAUGCUGAAGGUCUUUGAGACAAUUUUCAGCCUAUCAAUCGCACUCCUUGAAGUUACCAAAGAGCAAGUUUGGCAUUCCGACGUCCGAGUCUUUAGUGUGCGAGAUGAAAAAUCGGUCUUUCUGGGAUUUCUUUACCUUGAUAUCUACCCUCGAGAGGGAAAGUACAAUCAUGCAGCCAAUUUCAACAUCUAUCCUGCUUACUUCUCCGUGGGAAAACAGAAGCAGCCGGUUGCAACCGCAUUAGUAUGCAAUGUCUCCCAGUCAUCCUCAGAUAAGCCGGCUCUUCUCCAACAUCGAGAAUUAAUUACGAUUUUCCAUGAGUUGGGUCACGGCAUACAUGACCUCCUCGGAAGAGCUAAGUAUGCGAUCUUCCACGGACAUCGAACAGUUGCAGAUUUCGUCGAAGCCCCCAGCCAAUUGCUCGAAUAUUGGUGUUGGGUUCCUGAAUGUCUGCAGAUGCUUAGCUGCCACUAUUCCUACGUCUCCGGUGAGCAGUGGUCUUCUGCCAUUGCGCAGCCUCCCAAGGAGAUUCCAGACAGUUUGGUCCACAGCCUGAUUGCAGCUAAAGGGGUUAACCAAGGGAUCCUCACUCUCAGGCAAAUUGCAUUCAGCAAAUUCGACAUGCAAAUCCAUUGUCCUAGUUCCCACUCUCUGAUUGAGUCAAUGCGUACUGGCGAGGUUUAUAACUCGCUGCUGCAGAAGAUGACACUUCUAAAGGGCCCUGACAAUAGGGUAGACUGGGGAAAUGGACAUGUUACCACUUCACACUAUAUGUGGGGUCAAGAGGCAAACUAUUAUUCCUAUCUCUACACCCGCAUAUUGGCGGCUGAUAUUUGGCAUUCCAAUUUUCACUCGAAUCCAAUGAGCCGUGAUGCUGGUCUCCGGUACCGAAAAAUGAUACUAGCUCCUGGAGGAAGUCAAAAUGAGGUGAUCACUCUCGAGACAUUUUUGGAGAGGUCACCCACACUUGACGCAUAUCUUCGGGAUCUCGGCGUUCGUGAAUAG